AUGGAUCCCAACAACAAUAACAACCGUCUCAACAUGAAUUUCGGCUACAAUGACCGGAAUUACAACGCGGCCAACAGUCGCGCCUAUCCCACCACCCCUUCCGCCUUUCCCCAGCCUAUCUACCAGACUCAGGGGGCUCAAGACUAUGUUGACCCCUCGAACCCGGCCUACGCUCCUGGCUAUUUCAUGACGAAUCCGUACCCUCCUCAGACCCAGCAACCCUACGCCCAGCAACAGCAGUAUGCGCAGCAGCAGCAGGCCCUGCAGUCGCCCCAGCCUGCCUACCAGAACCGGAUGGGCUACGCCAAUGAUGGCACAAAUGGCCUGAUUCAGCAGUUUUCGAACCAGGACCUGAACGCCAACCGUGGGGGCUUCUUCGGUCGGGCGUCCUCCCCCGCUCAGCGCCCUCGCACUGCAGGGGGUUCGCCUGCUGGGCCAACUCAAGCUGCGCAUUUGGCCCCGCCGGUUCCUCGCAGUCCUCGACCACCAUCCGAGAACGAGGAGCUGCAGCGCUUCUCCGACAGAUACUCUGAGAAUGUGCACAAGCGGGGCAAGGCCGCGAAGGAGCUCGUCACGGUCUUCUUCCAUGAGAACAUCGAGCGGGCCCGGGAUCGUAACAUGCGUUCCGUUGACCUCGACAAGACGCUGCACGACCCGAGCGAAGCCGAGAUGAGCUUGCCAUUUAUUGGAUACACCUACAAGGCAUUCAAUGCCUUCCAGGGCUCUUAA